CUUAGAUCUGUUCUCUCCACCCCUUCAUAUGAGCGCUAUAUAAUCAGAACAGGAGGGGCCUCCAGGCUCACACAGCUGGGACCCAUCUCCAGGAACAAACAGCUGGAACCCAUCUUCAGUUGACAGAAACGGCCAGAUUUUUGCACCUCUGACAUACUGAUGGCUCUGCAGAGGACCCACUCAUUGCUUCUGCUCUUGCUGUUGACCCUGCUGGGGCUGGGGCUAAUACAGCCCUCCUAUGGCCAGCAUGGCAUGUACCAGCGAUUCCUGAGGCAACACGUGGACCCUCAGGUGACAAGUGGUGAUGAUCGUUACUGCAACGUGAUGAUGCAAAGACGGAGGAUGACUACGCGUCAGUGCAAGUCCUUUAAUACCUUCAUCCAUGAAGACAUCGGGAACAUUCUUAACAUCUGCAACACCUCCAAUAUCCAGUGCAAGAAUGGCCGGAUGAACUGUCAUGAGGGUGUAGUGAAGGUCACAGACUGCAGGGAGACAGGAGGUUCCAGGGUCCCCAACUGCAGAUACCGAGCCAAGGCAAGCACUCGGCGUAUUGUCAUUGCCUGUGAGGGUGACCCAGAGGUACCUGUGCACAUGGACAGAUAGAUGCCACCCUGCUGGGGUUAUGGGAAGCUUUUGGCCCUUUAAUUUACUUUUAAAUAUCAAUGAGCGUGCAUUUGCACGAUCCCAGGCUCUGGCUCCUCUGCUCAUUUCUUAUUCUUUUUCUCAGUACAUCCCAUUCUAUUAAAUAUCAGUACAUUUCAUUAAAGAGACAUGGAGAGGUAUGUCUAAAAUGAGUCUGGGCUUGUAAUAAGCUUCCUUUAAUGAUACUGGUCAGCUUAGCCCUCUCAGAUCCUGUCAUCUGGAAUUUAGUCAUUAUGUGUAUUGAUAACAGCAUUUCCAGCAUUGCAGAGAGCUUUCAUUUAAGCUAUUUCAUUUUUACACCACAGCGCCCUGAUGAUGCUAUUAUACAUAUAUAGGAGCUUAAGGUUAAGGAAUCUGCUGAAGACCAUAAAGUUAGUGGUGACCUGAGAAAAACAUCCAGUUAAACUAGCUACUCAUGCGGGGAUUUUUCUACUUAGUCACGAGGAAUGUUUCUAGUGUGUGCCUUUUGUUAUGCCCAAUAGUCAGCUAUUGGGGGAAGCAUUAAAAAUUUGGAAAUAUAUACCAGCCAAAUCAGAACUCUGUGUUAUUUGCAUUGCUGUUAUGUUUGAAUGUGAUAAGAUUAAGAAAGUAAUUUUAGGAAUUUUCUCUUCCUUUUCCCUUUGAAUCACCCUAGUAAGUUAGAGUAUUAAAAAUGUACUAGGUCUUUAGACUCAAUUACUCUUCCUGAAUGAUUUUUUUAUGUUUCUCUUUAUUAAAGGACUUAAACUACAGGUUUAAGUAGUAAAACUAUGAGAAAACUAUGGGGUUAUUUCUUUUCCUCCUAUCCACUUUUAAUUUUUCCCCAGUCCAUAAACAUGCAUGCACUUUCAUAACCUCAUAAACUCUGGUCAAAAACUAACGCCUAUCAGAUCCACAACCACAACACAGAAAAUUUAUCUCAUUUACUCCAGAAGAAAUGAUUCUUCUCAAAGACAAUUCUCAUACUCCUCUCCUUUCCCUUUGAAUAUUUGGAAACAAAUCAGGGCAAGGAGAUAAAUGAAGAUGCUAGCUUUUAAAGAAGGGAAGUAGGCCAGCCACAUGCACCAAGGGUGGCAGGUUUGAACCUGGCCCGGGCCAGCUAAACAAUGACAACUGUAACAAACAAACAAAUAAAAAAUAGCUGGGCAUUGUGGCAGGCACCUGGAGUCCCAGCUACUUGGGAGGCUGAGGCAAGAGAAUCGCUUAAGCCCAAGAGUUGGAGGUUGCUGUGAGCUAUGACACCAUGGCACUGUACUGAGUGUGACAUAGUGAGACUUUCUAAAAAAAUAA